CCACGCCCAAAAAGACGUUUCUGAAAUCUCGGUUUGUCUCCUUUUCUCAUCAGUCACUUCCUCUCCAAUAGAUUGAAAUUAUAUACUCCGUACGAGCGAUGGGGAGAGGGAAAAUAGCUAUAAGGAGGAUCGACAACUCGACGAGCAGACAAGUGACGUUUUCGAAGCGCCGGAACGGACUGUUGAAGAAGGCGAAGGAGCUGGCGAUCUUGUGCGACGCAGAGGUUGGAGUAAUAAUCUUUUCCAGCACCGGAAAACUCUACGAUUUCGCCAGCACCAGGUCCUUUUAAGAUCUAAUUCAUGAAUUUCUUGCUGUUUAUUUUUAUUAUCAUUUGCUCAUUCGUUUAUUAUUUUUGAUGCUAUAAUUUUGAAUAAAUGCAUUUAUUCGCUCCAGAUUUGUUUGUAUAUUUCAUCUAAUUUUUUCUUUCGAGUUGUUGAUCGUGAUUCUUAUUCCGAUUGGACUUUAGUGUUGGAAUGAUGCUAGGGAAUUUCGAAUUUGAGGCUCGAAUUCAGAUUUU